GUAAAUAAAAACUUUUCUAACCAAGAAUCUUUUCUGAAUAAAAAUAAGCAGUGAAAAUAUUAAUUAGAAAUGGGAAGACCUAAAACUCUUAAAAAACCUAAAACUGAAUUGGUUUUCGACAAUAAAAAACGUGAAGAAUUCUUGAAAGGAUUUUCUAAACGCAAGCAGCAGAGGAAAAAGAAAGCUCAAGAAGAAAUUGACAGAAAGCUGAAAGAAGAGCAGAAAAGGAUAAAAAGUGAAACCAAGAACUUGAAGGACAAGUUUAAACAAUCGUUCAAACCGAUUGCAGAAUUGGAGAAAGUCCUCAAAGACAGUGAUGAAGAUGACGACGAAAGCGGUGAUGAAGUUGACAGAUUUGAGACUGACGACGUAACAGUCACAAUCAGCGCUAUAAAUCCUGAUGAUUUAGCAAAGAAGAAUUUCAUUGGAUAUCGAAAGGUAAAGGAAAGUGACAGUGAAGAGUCGGAGGAAGAAGAUCCGGAAACGAACGAGACUUCAAUUCCUGGCAUGGAAGUUUCUGGUAAACCAGUGAGGAAAGUCAAAGACAAGAAGGAUAAGGACUUUGAAAAGCUAACAGAGAAACUCAAAUCAGCUAAAGAUGUUAAGAAACUUAUAAAAGAGCAAGCAAAAACAGCCAUGAAGAAGAGUAAAAUCAUCAAAAUGCAAAACGAAAAGAAUCACAAAAGAAAUGUUAAAUUAUCACAAAGAAAGAAAUUUCUUAAGGAAAAGAAAUUGAGGAAACACAAGAAAAUUCCGAAGCAUAAAACAAAAUAAUUUUAUAAGUUCUUUAAUGAAUA